UGGACGCGUAAUGUUUCCGUCCGCUGGCGACGACAGCAUGGCGGCGUUCGGACUCAACGUGAUCCAACAUCUUGGCCCAAUGUUGUCUUUUUAACUCUUCAUGACGUUAAAUUUGAGAGGGAGCAAAAUACUGCAGCGUCUGCUUUGACGACCUCAGCGUAUAGCCCACCCCGAGAAAGGCAAGAAGGAAAUGCCUCACCGGAAGAAGAAGUCCUUCAUUGAGAAGAAGAAGGCGUUGACCUUCCACCUGGUGCACAGGAGCCAAAGGGACCCCCUGGCGGCAGAUGAGAAAGCGCCCCAGCACGUCCUGCUGCCCGCCGCCAAGGCGGACGCGGAGAAGCGGCGGGAGGAGCAGAGGAAUUUCGGCGUCUUCUUCGACGACGACUACGAUUACCUGCAGCACCUGAAGGAAGCUUCCGGACGCACGGAGCUUCUGGCCGCCCGACCCUCGCCGCCGCGCCUUUGCGCUGAUGAUGAUGAUGAUGAUGAUGAUGAUGAUGCUCGGGAUGGUGAGCACGACGCUGACCAGAAGGAGCGGUCACUACCCGCGGCGAGCAUCCGGCUGCCGUCGUCGGUGUUCGCCUCCGACUUCGAGGAGGACGUGGGCCUCCUCAACAAAGCCGCUCCCGUCUCAGGGCCGCGCCUGGACAUGGACCCCGACAUCGUGGCCGCCCUGGACGAGGACUUUGACUUUGACGACCCCGACAACGCGCUGGAGGACGACUUCAUGGCCAAAGCCAACGCCGCCGGCCGCGCCCCCGUCCGAGGAGACGAGGACGCGGACGGGGACUCGUGGGAGGACGCGGACGAUGACGAUGACGACGACGGCUCCGGCUCCGCCUUUUCGGACGAGGAGGGCGGCAGCGCUCGGGAGUUCCCGUUCGACGACGAGGAGACCGGGACUCGCUUCACCGACUACUCCAUGACGUCGUCGGUGAUGCGGAGGAACGAGCAGCUCACCCUGCUGGACGACCGCUUUGAGAAGUUUUACGAGCAGUUUGACGAGGAUGAAAUCGGCGCCCUGGACAACGCCGAGCUGGAAGGCUACCUCGCUCCCGACAGCGCCCGCCUCGAGGAGGUCAUCAAGGACUACUUCGCCCAGAAAGCCAAAGAGGCUCUGAGGCCCGACGACUUGGGCCCAAAACAACUUCCCGUCCUACAAGAGGAGAACGAGGAUGACGACGACAACGAGGAGCAGGAGAUGGAAAUGUUGGUCGUCGGAGCUCCGGAGGAGAAGUGGGACUGUGAGAGCAUCAUCAGUGAGUACCACGUUGCACCUUUCACUGCGGGGAAGAAAGAAGAAGCAGCGAAGCCCAUCCGCGUGUCCGCCAGGACGGGCGUCCCCCUGGACGUCCUCCCCGCCAAAGGUCCCACCGCCAGGCGGCUGGAGCGAAUGGGCGGGAUCGACGGCGCCGACCUGCCGCGCGCCGCCGACCUGCCGCGCCGCAAAGACGAGAGCAAGGACCAGAGGAAGGCCCGCAAGAACGCCGUCAAGGAGGAGCGCAAGGAGCGACGCCUGGAGAAGAAGGCCAACAAGACGGCGUUCAAGGAGGAGAAGGCGCGCCAGGAGAAGCAGAUGCUCAACCUCAGGAACAACGUUCCGGGCCUCAAACUCUCGUAGAGCACGCA